GUCGCUCGCGUCGCGCGCCGUUGACGACUUUCCCGCGCCUAUAAAAGCCGGCGCCUCGUCCGUCAUUCCGCCUGUGUCAAGCCGAAGCGUUGAGCUAACGAACGAGAGUCGUACGUCUCUAGACAGUCGAGUCAACAAUAGUCAUGGCGACUCCGGAGGACACUGGCAGCUGGCUGCUCUACCUCUCCUUGGCGGCUAAAUGCUCCGGCGAUGGCGACGGCCAGCCUCACCGGCUUCUUGGGUUCGUCGUGGUUUGCGCCGUCGCUGGUCUGGUUACAUGUCUGCUGCACUGGUCCUUCCCCGGAGGGCCGGCGUGGGGGAGGUGGUGGUGGACGCGGCGGCGGCGUCGGGGGUCGCCGUGCGGUGUGGCGGCUGUUCCUGGGCUGAGGGGGCUGCCGGUGAUCGGCAGCAUGUGGCUCAUGACCGGGCUGGCGCACCGGAAGCUCGCCGCGGCGGCGGAGGCGGCGGGGGCGGGGCGGCUGAUGGCGCUGUCGCUCGGGGAGACGCGGGUGGUCGUGGCGGCGCACCCGGACGUGGCGAGGGAGAUCCUGCACGGCGCGGCGUUCGCCGACCGCCCCGUGAAGGAGUCCGCGUACGGGCUGCUGUUCCACCGCGCCAUCGGGUUCGCGCCCCACGGCGCGUACUGGCGCGCGCUGCGGCGGGUGGCGUCCACGCACCUCUUCUCCCCGUGGCAGGUCGCGGCGUCCGCGCCCCAGCGCGCGGUCAUCGCGCGCCAGAUGGUCCGCGCCAUCAAGCUGCAGCAGCGGAGCCGGAGCGGCGAUUCCGCCGCCGGCGCCGCCGUCGAGGUCCGCCGCGUCCUGCGCCGCGCGUCGCUCCACAACGUGAUGUGGUCGGUGUUCGGCCGGCGGUACGAGCUGCAGCUGGACCCCGGCAAGGAGAGCGACGAGGUCCGGGAGCUGAGGGCCCUCGUCGACGAAGGCUACGACCUGCUCGGCCAGCUCAACUGGUCCGACCACCUCCCAUGGCUCGCCCGCUUCGACCUGCAGAGCACCCGCGCCCGCUGCUCCCGCCUCGUCCCCCGCGUCAACCGCUUCGUCACCCGCAUCAUCGACGAGCAUCGCUCAUCUGCUCCCGUCGCAGCCGCCAUCGACUUCACCGACGUCUUGCUCUCCCUGCAGGGCAGCGACAAGCUCGCCGACUCCGACAUGGUCGCCGUUCUCUGGGAGAUGGUGUUUCGCGGGACGGACACGGUGGCCGUGCUGAUCGAGUGGGUCUUAGCCCGGCUCGUGCUGCAGCAGGACGUGCAGGCUCGGGUGCACGACGAGCUGGGCCGGGUGGUUGGGCUGGACCGGGACGUGACCGAGUCCGACACGGCCUCACUCGUCUACCUCCACGCCGUCAUCAAGGAGACGCUGAGGCUGCACCCACCGGGCCCACUCCUCUCAUGGGCCCGCCUGGCCACGUCGGACGUACACGUGGACGGGUACCUGAUCCCCGCUGGCACCACCGCGAUGGUGAACAUGUGGGCCAUAGCACACGACCCCGACGUGUGGGCCGAGCCGAUGGAGUUUCGGCCCGAGCGGUUCAUCGGGAAGGCGGCGGAGUUCAGUGUAAUGGGUUCGGAUCUCAGGCUCGCGCCGUUCGGAUCGGGUCGGCGGAGCUGCCCCGGGAAGAGCCUCGCCAUGGCCACGGUGGCAUUCUGGCUUGCCACGCUGUUGCACGAGUUCGCCCUCCUCCCCUCGCCCGACCCGGCACACGGCGUCGACUUGUCGGAGGUGCUAAGGCUGUCGUGCGAGAUGGCCACCCCGCUGGCGGUGACAGCGUGGCCUCGGCGUGUGGUGUGAUGACGUGUCCAAGCUACGUCAUCAGAGAUGCUCCUUACAAAGACUACUUGAUGGUGCCUUGUACUCCCUCCGUCCUAAAAAAAACUCAACAUAGGAGGGGAUGUGACCCCUUCUAAGACAACGAAUCUGGACUGACUAACGACGCUUAGUCCAGAUUCGUUAUGUUAGGAGGGGUCAUAUUCCCUUCUAGGCUGAGUUUUUUUUGGACGGAGGGAGUAGUUGUAGCAUAUGCUUUAGAUGCUCCUGCCACUACAUAUAUAGGAUGUGAAGUGCUGAUGCUUUUUGGACGCCUGGUCAGCCUGCACCGGCACAAAGGCCACAAGGGUGUGUAUGCUGGCGAAAUGAGGUGACUGAGUGUGAUAUUUUUGUUUUGUACUGUUCUCUUGCUAAAUAUUACCCUCGGCUUGCUCUGUAAAUUAGUCUCAAUGGUAUGGAAUUGUACAUCUAUUUUACUGCCAAGACUCGAAAUCUCCAUUUCCUUGCAA